CUCAUCAUUCUUCCACCGAGCGUUUCCUAAUUCUUUUCCAUUUCAGGGCGUGUGUGUGAGACAUUCCGGCGGCGGCGUUUCCUGAUUUAGCCGUCACAGGUGCCCUGUUUGGUGCGCCAAUGGCGUCAAACGAAGUUCCAGUAAUAGCAAGGCUCUGUUCUUUAUGAGCCUCACGUUCCAUGAAAUCCCUGUUCCAAAAUCAAAUCUUUGAGGGUGGGUUAGGUUCUAGAUCGUCUCUUCUUUGACGUUCCUGUUUCAAAAUCUCGUCUUUUUCCUGGUUUUGCGAGACAUCAAAUCGAUGGCAGGUCUCUGAGCUUUAUGAGCUUCACGUCCCAUCUCCACCGCAUCCAAUCCUUCUCCGUCGUGUUCCUCCACUGGUUCUACGUCUUCUCGUGAACUAAAAGUCGCGGCCUUUGGCUGCCAAAUCGUAUAAAUAGAGGUGAGCAAGUGCUGGAGUUGUAGUCGGCGAUGGACGACCGGAACCAGAAGAGGAAGCUCUCCAACCGGGAGUCGGCGAAGCGGUCGCGGAUUCGGAAGCAGCGGCAUUUGGAGGAGCUCCUGGACGCGGCGGCGCGUCUGAGGAAAGAGAAUGGAAGGGCGGUGGAUCAGGUGGAGGCGCUGAGCGAGCAACACCGGAGGAUGGAGGCGGAGAACGCCGCGCUCAGGGCGGAGGCGGAGCGGCUGACGGAGACGCUGCGGUCGCUGCACUGCCUGGUGGAGGAAGACCCAUGGCGGCCGACACACCCGGCCAUGGCCGCCAUGGCGUCGACUGACGUACCGCUUCGUGUUUAUCCUUGUGGCCGGUAGAAUUAAACUCCGAUGAAAGAAACAAAUAAAAAUUCCAAGCGAACAGAUUGUGAACAGAGAGAAAUGAGUGUGUAAAUUCGAUCGUUAUCUAAUCAUAGAAACUGUUUGAGAUC